AUGGCUCUCUUCGCACAUAUUGCUGUCUUCCCUCCCCUUGGCCAGGUCACAGUCGCUUCGCCUAGCCGGGAUCCGUUCAACUUCACUGUCGUUCUCGAGUCUGACAAAUCCCUGCCAGAAGUUCCCUGGGAGGUUUCGAUUUGGUAUGAUCAUGGCGCUUACUCGGGAGCAAAGGCUGCGUCUUCAUGGCAAGCUCUUGAUCUUGAUUUAGUGCAUCAUACUCCGGCGGUACUCUAUGAUGACUCUCAGAAGUCGGGCUAUCGUUACACUUUUUCUGGAAAUCUCCAAAGUCCAUACACUGUCGAAGACAAAAUCUACAAGGGCCGUCGGAUACCUUUCACCAUUCGCUACCGCAUUAAUUCUCACUCAGAAUGGUCUUGGGUUUUCCACAACUAUGGCCUUCAGGACGGAGAAUUUAUUUUACAGCCACCCGUUGACCCCAACUUUCUAGGUGCAACCCCCUUUGAUAUCGAUGAAGGUUGGAUUGCUCGGAAAACACCUAGCGAAGCACCCGAUGCCCGGCUGUAUAGUAUCGAGUCUGCUCACCCCAUCUAUGUACCCGAAAAUGGCAACGCUGGAUUCGAGCGACAAGUACUCGGUCGGGUCACUCAAACUUGCAGAUACAUGGCUCUGGUGAGGAUAUGGGAACCGUGGCUGGCCCCCCGACAUGGAGGCAGCCACUUCCGUCUCGAAGAACCAGCUAUUCUUAUGUCUUUCCUUCGUUCGGAUGGUCUUCAUGUUGUUCUGUUCGCCAUUAAUGGUAUUGAUGAAGUCCUUACACAAUUUCGGUCUACUGAGAAUGGCGACAUUGUGGUCGAGGCCCGAAACGAUUCGGGGAAAGACCGAAAGUUUCGUAUUUUGGCUGCUACUUCAUGGAAUUUCGAGAUCGCAAAUUGCGCCGUCAUGUAUGAAGCUCGCAAGUUGGUGCGUGAGUCUUCCGCAUACCAGCAAGCGGCUGCCAAGUUUCCUCAACAUGUGAAAACAGAAUCCGUUGAGUCAGAUACUGUGCUUGUUUCUCAAGCUCGCGGAACACAAUCCCCAGACGGAGUACAGCCUCAAUGGCUAGAAUCAUGGUACGACAACCUUGCUUACUGCACGUGGAACUCUCUUGGUCAGGACCUCAACGCCGAAAAGAUCAUGAAUGGACUAGAUUCAUUGGCUAACAACAAUAUAAACAUCGCCACACUCAUCAUUGACGACAAUUGGCAGUCUCUUGACGGCAAACAGGGUGAGACCUCUCAAUUCAACCGUGGUUGGAAGGCGUUUGAGGCCAACCCUCUUGGUUUUCCUGAGGGUCUCAAGACAGCAGUGGCCAAAAUCCGAAAGGCCCAUCCUAAGAUUCAUGAUAUUGCAGUUUGGCACGCAUUGAUGGGCUAUUGGGGCGGCAUCUCUCCCGAUGGUCAACUUGCCAAAGAUUACAAGACUCAAUGGACCCACUUUCGUGACGGCACUCCUAUGGCUGGAAAGAAGCUUGUCAUUCACCCAGAUGAUAUUCAUCGACUUUAUGAUGACUUUUACCGCUUCCUAUCAGACGCUGGAGUGACUGGUGUGAAGACAGAUGUACAAUUUGCACUUGAUCUCCUUGCCGAUACUCCUGAUCGUCAGGCUUUCACCAAUACAUAUCAGUCUGCUUGGACUCAAGCACAUCUGCGACACUUAUCGGGCAAGGCCAUAUCUUGCAUGUCGAUGAUACCUCAAAUUCUGUGUCACAGCUUUCUUCCAACCAAUUUCUCGAGGAUAUUAUUGCGGAACAGCGACGAUUUCUUUCCCGAAGUUCCUACUUCUCACGCCUGGCACGUGUUUGCAAAUGCUCACAACGCUUUGUUUGUUCAGCAUCUUAACGCUCUUCCUGAUUGGGAUAUGUUUCAAUCAAGCCAUCCUUACAGUGGAUUUCAUGCAGCUGCUCGAAGUCUAUCUGGAGGACCGAUCUACAUCACCGAUACCCCUGGUGAGCAUGAUGUUGAGCUGAUCCAUCAAAUGACCGCCCUAAACCCUAGAGGUCAGACCGUCAUCUUGCGGCCCAGUGGUAUUGGCAAGACAAUGGGCGUGUAUGACAAGUACGACGAGAAAGCAGUCCUCAAGAUCGGAGUCUACCAUGGCAAAUCUGAUGUUGGAAGCGGUAUGCUCGGUGUCUUCAAUAUUGCUGAAUCGGAGAGUAGGUUCAUUCUCCCAAUCACCAAAUUCCCAGGUGUGAAUGCCUCUACAACAGAUAAACCAGAGUCAGCUAAAAGAUGGAUUGUCCGCUCUCACAUAUCAAAGCGCAUCACACAACCCAUCCAGCCAACCGACCCUAUUCGACCAGACAAUCUUCUCCAAGGAAGACUUCCCAUACGAGGCUAUGACGUCUGGUCUGCCCUACCUGUGGACACCUUCCGGCUCCCCUGGUCACCAGAAUCGACCCUCGACCUCUCGGUGAUUGGUCUGCUCGGAAAAUUUACUGGUGCUGCGGCGAUCGUUGACCUGUAUUUCAAUUUUAAUGACGUCCAGGAGGGUACGGCAACAGCUUCAUUCUCAGGCUCUCCACUCGGCCACCGUCUUAAAAUCCACAUUCAGCUGAAGGCUCUUGGCGUCUUGGGCAUUUGGCUAUCAGACGCUCAGUCUCGCAGCAUCGACGACAUGAUGGUCAUUAUACAGAGCCGGGCGGUUCCUAAACAUGUCGUGUCGCUUAACUUGGAUAAUGUGCCGGACGGUUCUUCGGCCGGUGUACUUGAAAUCGAUGUCGCUACAGCAUGGAAAGAGAACGAACUCGAGCACGGCUGGAGUAAUGAAGUAGGUGUCGAUGUUUUCUUACGAUGA